UGAGUAGGCCGAAGCUGCGUCUGGUUAUUACAUUGACGAUGAAACUGGGAUUAUUACAAUCUAUCCAUUAUUUAUAGUCAGUAUUAAGACACACUUGCGAAGAAGAUGAUCAUUGAGAAUGUGGAAGCUCUGAAGUCGUGGUUGGCUAAACUCUUGGAGCCAAUAUGCGACGCAGACCCUUCAGCGUUAGCCAACUAUGUAGUUGCCCUAGUGAAGAAGGACAAACCGGAAAAAGACCUGAAGGCACUUUGUGCUGAUCAGUUGGAUGUCUUCUUGCAAAAGGAGACAACCGGUUUUGUUGAUAAACUCUUUGAAUGUUUAACCACGAAAAACUACUUGGGGAAUCCGGAGCCGAUAAAAGAGAUCCCAAAACUGGAGACCAAGCUUUCUGUACAAAAACACGAGGACAGAGAAGAGCAUCAGGCCGGAAAUGUUGAGGAUGACAGGGAUGGUCGCAGAAGAAGGAGUCCUCUGAGAAAUCGAUCAGAUCUGAAUGAAUCAAGGACCCGUGAUGACCGGAGGAGAGACGACCGCAAGAGGCGUGACCUGGACCGCUACGGGAAGAGCAGCGAGUCCUACAGGGAGCGGCACGAGCGCCGAGCGGGUAACGCCAGGGCCCGCAGCUACAGCCGGAGCCGGAGCAGGAGCCGGAGCGGGAGCAGGGGCAAGAGCGGGGACAAGGAGCACAGCCGGGGGAAGGAACACAGGUCUAAGUUUGAGGUGGAGAGGAAGGAGCAGGAGGGCUACAUCCCCACUUCCAUGCCUGCCUGUAGCUCCCUACAGCAGCAGCAGCAGCAGCAGCAGCCCCCGCCGCCGCUGCUCCCUUUACCGCCCCCUCACCACCAGCUGUCCUCCGGGGGCCCCGCCGUCCCCAGCUCCGUUGCCGUGGCAGUGCCCGCUCACCUGCCCGACGGCACCACCGAGAGCUGGUCCAAUUACUUCUCCAAUCACGAGGGCAAGCAGUUCAACAAAGGCGGCGCCCUCAAGCGCCGCUGCCGUGACUACGACGAGAAAGGCUUCUGUGUCCGGGGCGACCUGUGUCCCUUUGAUCACGGCAAUGAUCCCCUGAUAGUGGAUGACGUCACCCUGCCGACCAUGAUACCGUUCCCACCCCCACCUGGCCUGCCACCCCCGCGAAUGCCCAUGCCGCCCAUGACAGAGCCGCCUCCCGGCCUCAGGAUGCCCAUGCCCCCCCAUGGACAGCCCCCCAUGCCGGGCAUCUUCCCCAUGCCUGGACCUCCAUUAAUACCAACAAGUGCAAUAGAUACUCGCGAACACUCUGGGACAAGUUUGAUCUCUACUCUUGCACCGCCAGGAGUAGGACCUCCUCCCCCCAUACCAACACAUCCUCAGUACACAAUGUCAGAAUAUAACUAUGAGCAGGAAGCCUACAACCCUGAGGCUCCGGGCCUCACCGCUGCAGGCCGACCCCAGUACAGGCAGUUCAUCCCUCGCAUACAGACGCAGAGGCCUAACCUCAUCGGGCUCACCUCCGGGGACAUGGACACUCAGAACUCCAGAGCGGCCAAUAUUGUGAUUCAGACAGAGCCAUCAGUGUCCACAGUUUCCAAUAACUCGGCAAGGUACAGCAGUGACCAGGACAGCAGGAAGAGGCCCAUGGGGCCCACUGAGGGCCCUAUGCCCAAGAAGCCCUGGAUGGACAAGCAAAACUUCAACAACCAACAGAAGCCCGGCUUCCAGAAGAAGAAUCACUACGCCAACACUAAACUCGAAGUCCGCAAAAUCCCCCGUGACCUCAACAACAUCACGAAAUUAAACGAGCACUUCAGCAAGUUUGGAACUAUCGUGAACAUUCAGGUGGUGUUCGGCGGCGACCCCGAGGCGGCGCUCAUCCAGUACACGGCGAACGACGAGGCGCGGCGCGCCAUCUCCAGCACCGAGGCCGUGCUGAACAACCGCUUCAUACGGGUCUACUGGCACCGCGAGAACAGCGAGCAGCAGCACCAGCACCCGGGCCAGCCUCAGGGCCAGGGCCAGAGCGCCCCCGUGGGGCCGCAGCAUGCCGGCGUCCACAAGGUGAUCAACAAGCAGCACAACCCAGGCUCCUACGUGCUCAAUAAAAUGACACCCAAACAUCGCCUAGGGGGCGGGGCCGUCGGUAAAGUGGACACUCUACAGCCCGCCCCAGACGCCGCGCAGGCUAUGACUACCUCUACAAGCCUUCAAAAGGGAGCCUACAGUUCUUCGGUUGUCAAGAUGACCUCCAAGACGAUGGGGAAAGCAGCAAAGGCACUUGAAGCUCACGAAGCUUUGAAGAAGAAGCAGGAGGCACUAAAAUUACAACAGGACAUGAGGAAGAAGAAGCAAGAGAUGGUGGAGAAACAGAUAGAAUGUCAAAAGGUGCUGAUAAACAGGCUUGAGAAGAACAAGAACAUGAAGCCGGAGGAGAGAGCGAAGAUCAUGAGCACUCUGAAGGAGCUGAGCGACAAGAUCUCCCUGCUGAAGGACGAGAUGAAGCCAGCCUCCAACUCUGCAGCCAAGUCCGCCCAGCCCAAGACCAAGAUCGACGCGCAGAAGGAGCUGCUCGACGCAGAGCUGGAUUUUCACAAAAAGCUGAGCUCCGGAGAGGACACCACAGACCUGAAGAGACGGCUCAGCCAGCUGCAGAUGGAGGCCGCUCGUUUGGGACUGAUCCCAGCCGGACGGGGCAAACCGGCCCCGGCUCGGGGGCGGGGCAGAGGGCGCGGCAGGAGCGUGAGGGGCCGAGGAGGAGGCAGUCACAUGGUGGUGGACCACCGGCCCCGGGCCCUCGCCAUCCUCGGCGUGACCAAAGAAGAGAAGGAUGAGCUGAUGCCACACUUUGUGAAAUUCGGGGAGAUCGAGGAGCUGCGUGACCAUGAUGCCACCAGCGUUGUGGUGACGUUCAAGACGAGGAGUGACGCUGAGAAUGCUGCAAACCAAGGUGCAAAGUUCAAAGGUCGCACUCUUCAAAUGUCAUGGUACAAACCCAAGACACCAUCUGUAUCUACUGAACCAGAGGAGGAAGAGUCAAAGGAAGAGGAGUCUGAGAGCUCCCUCUUGCUUCCGGAGGAGGAAGAGGAAGAUGAUGACGAAGAGGACGAGGACGAGAGUCGUUCGUGGAGAAGAUGAAAGGACUGUAAACUCAAGCCUUUUU